AUGGUCUCUUUCAAGUCUCUCCUUCUCGCCGCUGUGGCUACCACCAGCGUGCUCGCCGCUCCCUUUGACUUCCUCACUGAGCGUGACGAUGGCAACGCAACUGCUCUUGAGAAGCGUCAGUCCACCCCCAGCGCCGAGGGCUACAACAACGGGUACUUCUACUCGUGGUGGACUGAUGGCGGUGGUUCCGCUCAGUACACCAUGGGAGAGGGCAGCAGAUACUCCGUGACCUGGAGGAACACCGGCAACUUCGUCGGUGGCAAGGGAUGGAACCCUGGAACCGGCCGCACGAUCAACUACGGCGGAUCUUUCCAGCCUCAGGGUAACGGUUACCUUGCCGUCUACGGUUGGACCCGCAACCCGCUUGUGGAGUACUACGUGAUCGAGUCUUACGGCACCUACAACCCCAGCAGCGGAUCCCAGCGCAAGGGCAGCUUCACGACUGACGGCGGUACCUACGACGUUUCCACCUCCACCCGUACCAACCAACCCUCCAUUGAUGGAACAAGGACCUUUCAGCAGUACUGGUCUGUCCGCACGCAGAAGCGCGUCGGUGGCAGCGUCAACAUGCAAAACCACUUCAACGCCUGGGCUCGUUACGGCAUGAACUUGGGCCAGCACUACUACCAGAUCGUCGCCACUGAGGGCUACCAGUCUUCUGGCAGCUCGGACAUCUAUGUGCAGACUUCCUAA